AUGGCAAACAACGGCCCAGCUAUCAAGAGUGAGCCUGGUGCUCCAGGCUCUGAGGCGUGGGAUGAGGAACGUCUUGAACAUGCUCUAGACGAGCUCAAGCUCUUGCAUGUCAAACUUCGCGGCUUACGAACGACGAUACCUCGAAUGAUGGAACCUUUGUCCGUCAAACAACCAAGUCCUCAGAUCACGUUCCAAGCGUAUAUGGAGUCGGUGGCUGCGGCCAAGAAGGAAGUGCAAGACUUUCAGGACUUGAGAAAGAGUGAGAAGAUCACGAAUAUUAUGGAACAUGCCGCACAACGCCGUAAAGAGGAGCCUAAUGGCAUCAAAGCAUGGCGUACGACAGACCACCCUGACUGGACAACGACAGACUCAUAG